AUGCAAAGGCUUAGAGAGAAACUUUCUUCAGCAAAACCAGCUGCAAAAUGCCCGUAUGAUGAAAGCAUAGUUGCAGCCGAAUCUCGCAUAAGCGCAUUCCUCGCGGCCGAGAAGUACGACGAUGCGUUGAAAGCUUCAAUAGAAGCUGCGGAAUAUUGCAUGAAACUCGGAAAACGGGCUCAAAAGAGCGCCGAUAAAAAAAAGCUUCAACAAAAACGCGAAGAGUUUACCGCAGGAGCAGUGAAUAUCCAAGAGUUGCGAAAAGGGAGAGACAACUCCCCAACUCCUCUUCCGGUCCCUCAGGCCAUGGAAGCUACAAAAUCCCAGGAUGGGCUUCAAAAGAGAACCGACACCACCAGAACGCCCCCGUUAUCUAUAACGAAAUUGUCAAUUAAGGAAGAGACCCUUCUCCUAAAAUCUUCCAAGGUAAACAAUGACAUCUUCCCACCUUGGGAAAACCUUCCAGGUGCGACCGAAUUUUCUGGAUCAAUACCAUUCUCAGACCCCUCCGGUUUGCUCGAACUUUCGGACUUACAGUUCACAAUGCUGGAAGGCUGGAAGCGCCCGAACGAAUUAUAUCAAGGCAAUGCAAGGAUAUAUCCUGAAGAGGGAACUGGGUCCGUAUUUGAUCUUGCACAGGAUGUAAUAACCGAUUGUUCGGUAGUCGCUAGUCUCUGCUCUGCGAUUGCAAGAGAGGAAAGGUCCCUUGGAAAGCUUGUGUCCAAUAUUCUCUACCCACAAGAUAUACAUGGUAAUCCGAAAACUAGUCCUUCUGGCAAAUAUUUUGUAAAACUAUAUUUUAAUGGCUGUUAUCGAAAGGUAGUCAUCGACGAUCUCUUACCUGCCUCCAAUAACAAACAUUCGCUAUACGUAACUUGUCGUAAUAAUCCCAGUGUAUUCUAUCCCGCACUGAUCGAAAAAGCGUACUUGAAAGUGAUGGGUGGCUAUGACUUUCCUGGAUCUAACUCGGGAACGGAUCUUCUUGCAUUGACAAGUUGGAUUCCGGAACAUGUGUUCUUGCAGUCGAAUGAUAUAAACCAAGGAAAUCUGUGGAAAAGAAUACUUAAAGCGUGGGACCGUGGUGAUGUGUUAAUCACUUUAGGUACAGAGAGCAUGAGCAGACGGGAAGAAAGUGAACUAGGACUCGUGGGUGAGCAUGACUAUGCCGUUUUGGGUCUGAAGGACGAAGAUGGAGAGAAGUGGUUACAGGUUAAGAAUCCAUGGAGUGAAGGUGCAACCUAUACGGGUGUUUCAGGAGUAGAUUCUGAUGAGGGCGAAGAUGAGGAUUGCGAAGAUGAGGAUGGAGAUGGUGAUGACGACGAAGACGAGGCAGGGCCUGCUUUUAAAACAGAAAAUCUCCGGGAAUCUCUUCCUAUAGCGGUUCGGAAGUCGGACUCAUGUUCACCAGGUGUUUUCUGGAUAUCUCUGGACAGUGUUUUCCGUCACUUCGCGAGCAUAUAUCUUAACUGGAACCCAGCGCUUUUCACCCACCGGCAGGAUCUGCAUUUCGCUUGGGAUCUCUCAACAAAGAGGUCGGAAGGCUGUAUUAGUAGAAACCCUCAGUUCUCAGUCACGAAUAACAGCUCGAAAUCGGCACUUAUUUGGCUAUUACUUGGACGACAUCUCACCUCUACCACCACUGGGGAGGAUUACGACCCGAAGAAGAAAAAAGGUUAUAUUUCGCUUUAUGUAUUCGAUAAUCAGGGCCGUCGAGCCUAUCGCUCUGAAGGAGCGCUUCAUCGAGGUCCUUAUGUUGAUUCCCCUCAGACCCUAUUACGUCUCGAUGAAAUGCCCCCCAAAACUACGUAUACUGUGGCCGUUUCUUCACAAGAUCUACCAAGGACACCACACACCUUUACUCUUUCCGCCUUCUCCUUAACGCCGCUACAGAUACGCGACGCUGAAGAUCCAUACACUUACCACCGUACUUUGCAGUCGCAGUGGCUCCCCGAAACAGCAGGGGGGAAUGCUCAGUCGCCUACCUACUCAAACAAUCCACAGUUCAGACUCUCAAUCUCCAAGCCUUGUAAUCUUCUUCUUCUUCUCGAAGCUCGCGAGACCCUAUCGGCACACGUUAAACUGGUCUGGGGAGGAGGUAAACGCAUCGCAUCAGUAACAACCCGAGACAUCAUCACCGAAAGCGGAGAGUAUCGACGUGGCUGUGCAAUAGCUGAAGCCACAAACCUACAAGCAGGUGAAUAUACUGUAGUUGCGUCGACAUUCGAACCUGACCAGAUUGGCGAUUUCACCCUAAGUGUUGAGACCACAUCUGCGGAUGCUGUUUUUGAGCCAAUUGCGUCCGAGUCUGCUGGGAAGAUGAGAAAGACGGUGGAGGGUAUCUGGAAAGAUGGAGCAAAUGCUGUAGCUUACCCGUUUGAAGUGGAAAGGCUGACGGUUGUGUCCGUGAAGGCACGGACUAUAUGGGCCAGCUCUAGAGCGCAGCCGAUGUUAAGGGUCUCCGUUGAGAAAAUGAUUGGGAGAAGAGGGAAGGAGCAGAAGGCCUCGAGCCCCGAGGGAGAAUAUUCAGACGUGCCACAAGGAGUUAGGACGGGGGAUAUUGACGUAGAAGUGGAUUGGGGGUAUCGGAUAGUGUUGGGAAGGAUGGGAGAUGCAUCUGGUGGGGGGAAUGAUUCAAGUCAAUAUGAGCUGGAGAUUCUGAGUGAUGGGGUUGUUCAUCUGGCCUGUAGCCCUGCUAUCCUAGCCCAGGUCCACGGUUGA